AUGAAAUCCGGACGCGGUGGGGUCAAAACGUCAAACGCCGACCGACAUACCGACGGCACGAGUACGGAGUAUAAUGCCAAUCUGGGGACACUUUUUCCCUCAAUACUUUUCGAAUCUGGUCGCCGUUAUAUACAUAUACAUCAUGCAAAGCCCUCAGUCCUGCUAAUCGGCUCCCUCGCCCACACCACAGCAGAAUGGUCCGCGCUCUCGACCAAAUACACCCUCCACGAGUUCCGCACCGGCACACGUUCUCAAUUCCUCUCCAGACUCAAGUCCAACGAUUUCGCCUCCGUCACAGCCCUCUACCGCUCCAACGCCUCCGCCACCCUCACUGGCCCGUUCGACCGCGAGAUCUGCGCCGCGUUACCGUCAUCGCUAAAGUACAUCUGCCACAACGGCGCCGGGUACGACAACAUCGACGUUGAUGCAUUUACGGAGAGAGGUGUUUUGAUUAGUAGUACGCCGAUCGCGGUGGACAAUGCGACGGCGGACACGGGGAUCUUCCUUAUGUUAGGGGCGCUGAGGUACGCGGUGGCGCCGUUGGAGGCGAUUCGGAGGGGGGAGUGGAGGGGAAAGGGGACGAGGGUUGGGCAUGAUCCGACUGGGAAGGUGUUGGGGAUUUUGGGGAUGGGUGGGAUUGGCAGGGCUAUGGCGAGUCGGGCGAGGGCGUUUGGGAUGAAGAUCAUUUAUCACAACAGGAGUAGAUUGCCGGCUGAGCUGGAGGGGGACGCGAAGUAUGUCACGUUUGAGGAGCUGUUGGCGCAGAGUGAUGUGCUGUCGUUGAAUCUGGCGCUGAAUGCGAAGACGAGGCAUAUCAUUUCGGCAAGGGAGUUUGCGAAGAUGAAGGAUGGGGUCGUCAUUGUCAAUACGGCCAGGGGUGGUCUGAUCAAGGAGGCGGAUCUGGUUGAGGCGCUGGAUUCGGGAAAAGUAUCUGCUGUUGGGCUGGAUGUGUUUGAGGAAGAGCCGAAAGUCCAUGAGGGACUGCUCAGGAAUGAUAGGGCGUUCAUUGUGCCUCAUAUUGGGACGAACACGUACGAAACACAACGAGAAAUGGAGCUGCUGGUGUUGCGCAAUCUCGAAAGCGCAGUGGAUGGGAAUGGCCUUCUGACACCGAUACCGGAGCAGAAGUCGAAGGCGAACGGCAACCUGUGA